AUGAAGUCCUCCGCCCCGGUUCUUUACCCUAACGAGUCCGUCUCACAGAAGGUGACGGCCUACGCCGAGUCCCACUCGACGGACCUGCCCGCGCACAUCGUCGCCUACCAUGAGCACAUCGAGACCACGCAGCCCGAGACGUCGAUGCUGAUGAUCAGCAACUUCCAGGCGCAGAACCACAUCUGGCUGGCCAAGCUAAUUGGGGCCAAGAGAAUCCUCGAAAUCGGCGUCUACGUUGGCUACUCGGGCAUGAUCUGGUCCCACGCCGUGGGGCCCGACGGCACCGUCACCGGGCUGGAGUUCAACGCCGACUACGCGAAGGAGGCCGAGGCCGCGUGGGCCGCCAACGGCAUCAAGAACGCAUCCGUCGUCGUCGGCGACGCGCUCGAGACCCUGCCGGCCCUGAGCCCCUCGGAGCCGUACGACCUGAUCUUUAUCGACGCCCAGAAGUCGGGCUACCCGGCCUACCUCUCCACCAUCCUCGCCGCCUCGCCCGCUUCGGGCGGGAAGGGCCGCCUCCUGCGGCCCGGCGGCCUCAUCGUUGCGGACAACGUCCUGCGCCGCGGCAUCGUCGCCGACGACUCGGACGAGAACCCGUGGGCCGUCGGGGAUAAGGCCUACCGCGCGGCCUACGCGCGCUCCGAGGACGUCGACAAGCUGCGCGAGUUCAACGCCGCCGUGCACGACGAGCCGCGGCUGGACUCGUGGCUGAUGCCGCUGUACGAUGGCGUGCACCUCGCGCGGUUGGUGGAUUAA